UGCCCGCUGUCUGUGCAUACCGCCCGGACAGGACUGAGCUGUGUCCACCCCUCUGUCAGUUUUGCCGGAGGAUGAGUAUCGAAAGACACACUGUCUUCUGAAGAAGGCACGCGUUUAUUCACUUCUCUGUCUUGCUUCGUCGAGGACUCGUCGCUCCUGCCGGUUAACCUCCGCCUCGCAGCGACGUGCUCAGGUUAACGUUAGCUCUGCCACGAACUUUCCAAAACACAUCGCUGCCGAGCAGUUGAAACUGUGCUGCGCAUUUUGUUUGCACAGCUGCCUCACAGGGGUCUUAGAGUGAUAUCUCAGUGUAUGCUGAAGCUUGAGGAGACGCGCAGAAAGGAUUACAGCACUGGGAUGAAUUUGACGGAGUGAGACAUUGCUGUCACAGGAGAUCUUAAAAAGCAUCAUUUGAAGAAACACCUUCUGAAUUUUGUCACUCAAACUGCAUUGAACUGCACAAUGGAUGGAAUAGACACCUUGCAGAGCUCUGCCCCAGAGACCAAGGCUGAGCGAAUCGCUCGCUACAAGGCAGAACGAAGGAGGGAGCUGGCCGAACGCUACGGCAACACAGAGGAAUUCACCUCCAAAUAUGUCCGGAGAGACAGGAAAAUUGGCGACACAUCCGACACAGUGUCUUCAGCAACCAAGGAGAAGGAAAAAUAUGAGGAUAAUGGAUCAGAGCAAACAUAUACCAGGAGGGGCCUCAGGAGUCGAGUAGCAGAACCUGUGGAGCACGCUGAUGAUGAGCCAGUCCAGGAGAAAGAGGCCACUACUCUCCUCAAAACAGACACAGUUUUCUCCUCAAAGUCAGAGGUUGUCUCCUCCUCAAAGACGUCAUCUCAUUCCAGGCUGCUGGAAAGUGGUGACACAGAAGACCCAAAGGUUGGUGAGAAGCCUGCGGACUCGGCCAAGAGCAGUGUAACUUCCAAGAUGUCUCUUUUUAAGGAAGUCGUGGGGACGGAGGAUGGAGGCAGCGGCUGGCGUGCUGAUGACAGAGUGACACAUCAGAAAAUCAUCGGUGACGAAGAGGAAGGAUCGACCAGCCUCCUUAAAAGUGAUAUGAGCAAGAUGAUGGAAGAGAAAGAGUCUACAGAGACGCCUUCAUGGAAGGAGCAGUGUGACUAUGCUGCCAGUGCAGAGGAAAAAAAGCCUUCCAGUCUCCUCUCUGACAGAACUCUCCCCCUCAGCAAGACCAGAGACGCCUCUCCCCCUCCCAGUCCUCCCUGCCAGUCUGCCUCCUCGCUGCAGCGCCAAGACUCGGGCCCUCAGGGCAUUAAGGGAAUCCUAAAGAAAAGCCGCUCUACCAGCGUGGAAUCAGACCACAGCGAUGGCUCGAUGCCUGAGCGGGUGCCAGCCCGACAGAGCAGUGUCACCCUGAGCCAUCCUGAGAGCGAGGAAGAGGAGGAAGAAGAGGAGGAGGAGGAGGAGGAAGAGGAGGAGGAAGAUGAGAUGGAAGAAGAGGUCAAUGGAGAGAAUGAGGAUGAGUCAUUAGCUGAUGAUUUCCCAGACGGAGGGUGCUUCAGCAUGGACAGACAGCAGAGGGAAGGCGGCAGCAGCAGCAGCAGCAGCAGCAGCAGAGGGAGCUUCGAGGAGAUGCGGAGUCCUUCGCCCGACGAGAGCCUGGAGAAGACCUCCACGGUGUCGGAGGAUGUUGAAGAGCUGGAGAGCAGUUUGGAAGGAAGCGUGGGCUCGUCACUCAAACAGAGACUGACGGAGUUCAAUAGUGAGAAGAAGGACAGACUGAAGAAGCCAAAGCCAUGUGAGCAGGUCCAGACAUCCCUGGCUGAUCGCUUCAGUCAGCUCCAAGAUGCUGAAAAUGCCUGGAAGAAAAAGAAAUCCAGUUUAGAUGUGGGGCCCAAGAUGUCGCUGGCUGACAGGAUGAAGAUCCUCAAGGACAAGGAGGAGCAGUGGAAGACCAAAGGCAAAGGAGCAGCCAAUGACUCAGUCCAGUUCACAGUGGCUGGACGUAUGGCCAAGAGAGGUCUCGUGUCAGAUGCGGAGGCGCCUAUUAUCUCUGUGAAGAAGUCCAAUGCCACGCCUGUGAAACCACAUGAAGAAAUUUCCAGUAGAACGGAUGUUAAGGUGGAAGGAGAUAAGCGCCUCGACAAGCUGGAGUCCUUUCUAGACAAGCUCCACAAUAAAGGCGUGGGCAAAAGCAAAGUGUCCACCAUCGAGGUGACGGCAGAGACGGAAAAAGAAGUGAUGACGCUGGAUGACGACGAGACAUUUGGCAACUUCUACAAAUCCAUCUCGCCCUCGACACUCCAGGACUCCAGUGUGGUUGUGACUGAGGAGGCCUUCAGCCAGAUCCAGGCCGACACACCCAAGCUCACCUCUGCUGUAGCAGAACACAAGCGAGCAGUGCGACCAGCCAGAAGGAAUCAGGGCUCCAGGAACCCUCUGCGGGCUCUGGCUGCCCGCAAUGACAUCCGACAAGUCUACACUGAACAGAGGCUCAACGUGGCCAAAGUGGAGACCAAGAGAAUCCAAGUAGAGAGAAUGGCAAAACACUCCAACCUGGCUGACGUGGCUUUGGCAGGUCUUGCCAGCAAGGAGAACUUUCGCAAGGUCAGCCUGCGCAAUGUGAAGUCCACCGAAGUUGUGACCAACAACAGUGCACUGCCGUUCAAUAAGCUCAUGCUUAUUCGCAUCAAAGGUCGGAGGCACGUCCAGGUGCGCUUGAUGGAACCCACAGCUCGCUCUCUAAACAGCGGCGACUGCUUCCUUCUUAUAACACCAAAACACUGCUUCAUGUGGAGUGGAGAGUUUGCCAACGUCAUUGAGAAAGCUAAGGCGUCGGAGAUGGCGGCGUUCGUUCAGGCCAAGAGAGACCUCGGCUGUAAGGCCCCUCAGGUGACAGUGCUGGAGGAGGGCAUCAACACUGAGAAUCGGUGGGCCAAAGAGUUCUGGAGCCUGCUGGGUGGAAAAACCAAAUACAGAGGGGCAGGGGAGCCAGAGGAGGACGAGCUGUAUGAGAGUGGGGUGGUCGAUUCUAAUGGGGUGUACAGACUCCAGGGAGACAAACUGGUGCCUCACGAAGAUGCCUGGGCCUCCAUCCCAAGUGUGUCCUUGCUCGACUCGAAAGAGGUCUUAGUGUUUGACUUUGGCGGCGAAGUGUACGUUUGGCACGGCAAAGACGUGCCUUUGAGUGACAGAAAAGUAGCCGUCAAAUUGGGCAAACAGCUCUACAGUGGCAGCUACGACUACAGCAACUGCAGAGUCAAUCCUUUGGACGCCUCCUGCACAAAUAAAGAUGUGCCUCAGCAGGGAGACGGUCGUCCAAGCUGGGCUCUGUUUGGCCGUUUGUCAGAGCACAACGAGACGUCCCUGUUCAGAGAGAAGUUCCUGGACUGGGCCGAGAGGAAAAAAGAGGAAGCAGCUCAAACUGAGGAAAUCAAGAGCCCCGUGCACUCCGCUGUACGCUCCCCGCUUGACUUGGAGCUGCAGCCAUGUGAUGCCAAAGCCCUGCUGGACAAUGAGCCGGAUCCGGUGAAGACACUUCUGGAGGGGGUUGACGUCCAGCGGGGCCACGGCCUGGUGAGGACGGAGGAUGGGAGGCAGGCAGAGUUGGCCACGGUAGCCGUAGAAUCCUGGCACAUCAAAGAGCACGGCGAAGAGGAACUGCCAGAAGAGAGCCUCGGCCAACUACACGAGUGUGACGCCUAUAUCAUCCGCUGGAAGUACUCUAUCACCACACUGGUGGGGAAACGGCAGAAACCCGGUGAGCUGAGUGCUGGAGCUCCUGGAAGAGAGAGAACGGCUUGUUUUUUCUGGCAGGGCUGUCGCUCCAGCGCCAGUGAGAAAGGAACCUCAGCUCUGAUGACGGUGGAGCUGGGCAGCCACAGGGGGUCGCAAAUGUUGGUGAGUCAAGGAAAAGAGCCGCCUUGCUUCUUGCAGCUCUUCCAGGGAGGCUUGAUCAUCCAUAAGGGCAGCAGAGACGACAACACCAACAACACAGGGGACUGGAGGUUGUUCUGUGUCCGCGGUGAGGCGGAGGUGGAGGCCUCACUGGUGGAGGUGAGCUGCCAGCGUGCCAGUCUGCGCUCUCGUGCCAGCUUGGUGCUGCUCAGUGCUCAGAAAGGAAAUCUCUACUUGUGGCACGGAUGUAAAGCACAUGCAAGUGCCAAGCAGGUGGCCAAAAGAGCUGUGGACAAACUAAGCCAGAGGUGUCCCACGGAGUUGGGUCUGAGCAGCACCAGCAGUGUGAGAGUGGAGGAGGUGGAGGAAGGAUCUGAACCUGCAGAGUUCCUGAAGGCUCUGGGCCCACAGGAUAAGAAGGCUUACGACUGCAUGCUGCAAGAUCCAGGGAAGUACAACUACACACCUCGGCUCUUCCGGCUGAGUGCCAGCUCCGGGGUGUUUGAAGGGGAGGAGCAGCUGUAUCCCGCCAGGGUGACAGAGGGAGUCAUGGCGAUGCCUUUCCUGCAGGAGAGCCUCUACUCUGCACCGCAGCCAGCCCUGUUUCUGCUGGACAACCGCAUGGAGGUGUAUCUGUGGCAGGGAUGGCAGCCUGAAGACACACAGAGCACCGGAUCUGCUAAGAUGCGCUGGGACAGCGAGAGGAAGUGUGCAAUGGAGACUGUGCUGCAGUACUGCAAAGAGAAGAAUCUUCGGCGCCCCCCUCUGGCCUAUCUGGUCAUGGCAGGCUGUGAACCCCUGACCUUCACCAACAUCUUCCCAUACUGGGAGAGGGACUCCAGUAUCACUUCAAAGUCCGAGAACUCCAAGAACAAAGUGACCUUGGUGAAGGAGGCGCUGUCCAAGCUCAGUAAGCAGCAGUACUCCAUCGAGGAACUGACCAGGAAGCCGCUGCCUGAAGGAGUGGAUCCCCUUCGUCUGGAGGACUACCUGUCUGACCAGGACUUCAGGACGCUUCUUGAGAUGAGCCGAGUUGAGUUCAAUGCCCUGCCAAACUGGAAGCAGAAGAAUCUGAAGAAAAGCAAGGGUCUGUUUUAGAAACACAUCAUCCUGUACACAGCGUUUUGUUUGUUUUGUUUUUUUUUACAUUCUCAGCAGCUCCUUUGUUAAAUUUUUUGAAUCCAAGGGAAAAAAAAAUUCUCAUUUUGUAAAAGUUUGAGAAAAGCAAAUGUACAAUUGUGUUUAUAUAUUGACCUAUUUUUAAUAACGGUGCCAUUUUCAAUGUUUUUUUUGUGUCACUAAGAUAUUUUAGCCAACAAAAACGUGCAAUUAAUCUUUUUGAUGGAAAGAUGUUUUCCUUGUAUGGCAAAAAACAAACUAGUUACCCUCGCAUUAUAAAUAUGUAAUAUACCAGAAGAGAAUGUGUUAUAUGUGUGAGAAUGUGUACAAAGAUAUGCCUUUGGUUUGAAACGGCUUUUUUCUUUCCUUUUUUUUUUUUUCUUUUACAUUUCAUAUAAAAGUCAGCUCUGAGUAAAGGGAAUAAAUUGUUCGGUCGGCGCUUUGAAGAUGUCAAAGAAUAGAAGAAAAGCAAAAGAAAUCGAAGUGCAGCGUACAAUCCUUGUAAUUUGUGGUGGUUUGAUGAUCUCAGAGUAAGAUUUUGGGCACAGACAUCUGACUCUUCACAGAAAUAUACUCACGUUUUAAUUUGUAUUGUAGCGGAAAGUGUUUGGAGGUGGGCGUGACAAAUAACCUCAGAGAAACCCAAAGCUGCCCUCAUUUAAUAGUCAUAUGGGUUGCAGCUUUUAUCAGUGAAACGUAUCCAUGUGUUGUUUUUUCUUUCUUUUUUUUUCCUGUGUUUGGUACCGAAUACUUCCCAGUUUUCAUAUAUAAUUCCUUGCGUGCCAGUGAUGGCGGCCCUCUGGUUGGUUGGGACCAAAUCCAAUCUGUUUGUCUUGUUAUAAAUGUGUUUCUGUGAAUCUGUGUGUGUGUGUGUGUUUGAGUAAAUGUGCAACUUUGAAAAGUAUUAAGUGUGUGUUGAGGAGAGAAACUGUGCAAACUGCCUUUAUCAACAAUAAUGUGCUCCUUGUAAUGUUAUGUUCCAUAUAUAACAUCCUGUCAUGUCUGAGUUUGUCUGCAUGGUGUCCACAAAAACAAUCAUGUAUUCAUUUGCUGCAAUAUGCAUCUGUUUGUGAUCAGUCAGACCUGUAUGAUAUGUAGAGACGGCAACGAGACCAGCUUUUAUUUCUCGGCACAUAAAAAUUGACCAUUGGUGGUGUGGGAACGAGAUGGUGACGCUCAGUAUUCCCUUUUAAAUAAAAUGUUUUUAAAGACCAGG